AUGAUCAGCAUCUGGACUGCAUCUUGCCGGCAGGAGAUGUGCAGUGGGGAGCCCUUGUGCAAGUUCUAUUGGGUAGGUGCCGUCGGAUCCAUGAAGCAAUGCUGGUUUUACUGGGGCUGCGAAACCCUCCACCGACAGCUCGGCAUCGCUGGCACACUCUUUGCAUGGGAGAAGGAGGCAAAUGUAUGUAGAGUGGCCAACGCGGAUGCUUGCUGGCAUGUCACGAAGAGGCGUCAGUUCUUGGGAGCCUUCGCUUCCGCUGACCCCUUCACAUUGCCCGACUGCCUCCACCAGAAUCUCUUCAUGCAGUGUGAUCAGAAGCUGAUGCUAGGAGGAAUCGGUGUGGAUACGUGUGGGCAGUGCAAGUAUGUCAAGGUCGACGAGGUCGGGAACUACGCAGUGACACCUCAUAGCCUCAGUCUGUGGCAACCGCCGGUCGUCUGGACGCCAUUGGUUGGCGACGUAGACGUCAUCAGUGUGCGAGGAGCAACAAACGCCAAAGUGUUCACAGACCGAGACUACACCUUCACCACAAUGGGAGAUUACGAUCGCGAUUGCUUCUACUUGCGCCUUUUCAACGAAGCAAAGAGCACUCCUGCUACUGAUGUGCAGAGCAGUUUCAGUUCCCCCUGGCCUUCCACUGUUUUCUUGGACAUGUGGGGCAACCAGGAAAACUAUGGCUUUGCGAGUUGGCCGGACCAUUCCUUGUGGACUGAAGAUCCUGAGCUUGAGGGUCGCGGCGUGGUCUUCGGUGGCGAUGUUGGUGAUACUUACGGGCCGGGGAAGGUGUUCAAGCGGACAUACCCCGCGGGAGAGCUUGUAAAUCUCUUCGGCAAUGAUGCUUCUGACGGGACAUACUUGGUCUUUGUGUGCCCCCUGGCACAGCCAAUCAUCUCGAAACCAUCCCCUGUCGACACAGAUGUCUUGCCCGUCUCUCAAAUAGACACUUCAACUGCCGUCUUUCAGGACCGGGACUACGUGUUCAGCCAGGUGGGUGCAUAUGAGAAUGCUUGCUACUACUUGCGCAGUGACAAUGAUGUGAAGUCCUUACCCUCUACAAAUGUGCAGUGGAGUUUCAGAUCUCCAUGGCCUUCCACAGUCUACCUAGACAUGUGGGGUGGGCAGGAAACCUUGGGCUUUGCCAGCUGGCCAGACAAGUCCUCCUGGACUAAAGACACCGAUCGCAGCGGCAACGGCAUCACCUUCCACACAAGCGGGCCAGGAGACGUGUACAGGCGGUCAUAUCUUGCUGGCGAACACGUCGAGCUGUUUGGUAAUGAUGCUGGUAGUGCGGGCGGCACAGGCACUUAUGUGGUUUUUGCUUGCCCUCAGUGGGCUGAGAGGCCUCUGGUGUCGUAUCCAUCGGGUGUCAUCGUAACUCCUGCAACGGAGGCACACAAAGUCUACACGGACAGGGACCUUAAUUUCAGCUUUACUGGUGGUCACGAUCAUGAUUGCCACUACUUGAUGGGCGAAAAUGACUUGAAGAACACCGCAGCUGUAGAUGUGCAGUGGAGAUUCAGUUCCUCGUGGCCUUCGAAGGUCUUCCUGCACAUGUGGGGCGGGCAGGAAAACAUGGGCUUUGCUAGCUGGACAGACAGAUCCUCGUGGACUGAGGACCCUGAUUACAGCGGUCACUCCGCAAUUUUCGGCACUUCCGGGUUGCAGGGGGGCAAGGUUUUCAGAAGGUCAUACCCGGCCGGAGAAGAGGUGGAACUCUUCGGUAACGCCGGUGGCGGUACAGGCACAUACUUGGUCUAUGUUUGCUUUGAUGGUGGCGCAGAUGCUUCUUCAUCUUUACCAGCUUUGGGACCCCAUGAGGUGCUGGGAGAUGGCCAUCUCACCAGCGAUGGGUAUGAAUCACGAGCUGAGUGUCCUAGUGGUUCAUUCGUGGUGGGCUGUAGGACCUUCCCGGAGCAGACUGGGUUCGCGCUUGCUCCAGAUGCUGCCGGCUGCACCUUGCGCUCCAAGCAACGCAGCAAUGGCGCACUGGCGAUAGCAGCGUGUGAGACGACGCCCAAAAGCAACGGCGACUUCGCAACCAACCAGGUUGCAACAGUGACAUGUGACAGCGGUGCAGUCCCAACAGCAUGCACUUGCGAGGACCCGAGUGCCAGAAAGUGCAAGUGA